AUGAGUGUGGUAACAGUCGGUGAUAAUAUUCCACAGUGGAAAAAGGACCUGAUAGCGCGACUCAAGCACCAAAAUAAAAAGGUGGCUGCGAUCGUGCUGAACGGUGAUGAGCAUCAACAACAGUAUUCGAAUUCGACCGUUCAACAACCCAAGCCGAAGAGCGAGCCAGCGCCAGUUGGAUCUAGUGCUCCGAGACAAACAGUCGCGAAACGGGGUCAUGUGAAUAAUAAUUGUACGGGCUGGUCAAGCGAGCAACGAGCCGAAAUAAUGGUCCAGCAAGACCACCGAAAUCACGAACAUUUGGUGGACAUGGUGAGCAACGGGUAUGUGAAAGACCACGGUGGUGAUUCGGACUCGGAAGAUUUGCAUUACGGGCCGGGUAUAGUGAAAAAGCUGAAAAACAAGUAUCUGAGCUUGGCGUUGAGGGAGGCUGUGACUAGGCCUAGUAUCCUACAAUUGCGUAAAGCUACUUCUUUGGAGAAUCUGCUGGACGAGGAUACUAGACAGGGGAACAAUAAACUUUUUCAGUCCAAGUUGAACGGCAAUGAUACCAGGUAA